AGCUGUUGGCGUCUCUCAAUGGCACCGUCCCAUCAGCCACUCAGCACUCCCUCAGCCAGUGCCAAAGCCGCUUGGACAGAGGUGCUUUUGACUCCUUUUGGGACUGGGUGGUCGGGCCCUGACUUUAUUAUGUGCCAUGCUCUCCCCUCCAGCUGUGGUUCUGCACCCCUACAGCCUACCUGUCUACCCACCGGCACCCCAAUGUUACUCCGGGCUGGUUCAGGGUAGUCCAGAUGCUGCGGUGCCACCAGCUGAUGCCAUGACACAGACGUUCCCGGCUCAGUAUCCUCCGCCACCGCCCCAGGCCCGGCUACCUCCGCAAUACCAUCUCCACAGCACCCCUUCAGAGUACUCAUCCCCAACAGGCCUGGAUCACAGUCUUCGUAUCUUCCCUGAACAGGGAACAGCUGCACCAGAGCCAUUGCCACUGCCCCCACCUCCUGCGCAGCCAGAAGAAGCCCCUGCAUCUGAGCUGUCCCCGGAAGCAGAGGAGGCAGAAAGCAGCGAGGACAAAGCCCAGCCCAAACGCCUGCAUGUGUCCAACAUCCCCUUCCGCUUCCGUGACCCAGACCUGCGGCAGAUGUUUGGGCAAUUUGGAAAAAUCCUGGAUGUGGAGAUCAUCUUUAAUGAACGUGGCUCUAAGGGCUUUGGCUUUGUCACCUUUGAAAACAGCCAGGAUGCUGACCGAGCGCGGGAGAAGCUGAACAGCAGUAUUGUGGAAGGCAGAAAGAUUGAGGUCAACAAUGCCACAGCCCGUUUAGUCACCAAGAAACCCCCAGCAGCACCAGUGGUGAAUGACUCUCAGGGCUAUAAAGUGGGACAUAAGUAUUCUAAAUAGUAUCUUGUGCCCUCCCAACUAGUGGCAAGCAUCCCUUACCCUAUGAUGGCACCAGCUGCCCUGGCAUAUCGUGGGGCUCUGCGAGGGCGUGGCCGAGCCACUAUCUAUAAUCCCAUUCGAGCGGCACCUGCCCCCUCUCCAGUUCCAGCCUAUGGCAGUGUGCUCUAUCCAGACAGUCUGUAUGGUUCUGACCUCUACGGUUAUCCUGCAGCUUACAGAGUGGCUCAGACUCCGGCAGCCGCAACAGCAACAGCUUAUAGUGAUGGGUAUGGACGGGUCUACACUACGGCCGACCCCUAUCAUCACACAGUGACCCCUGCCUAUGGAGUGGGUGCCAUGGCCAGCUUGUACCGAGGAGGAUGCAACCGUUUUACGCCGUACUGAGGGACCAAGCGCUGGCGAUGAGCAUCUAGGAGGCACUUGUGAGCUGAUGGCACAGAUGGUGGGACCUGGCACUGAGAACCUUGCGUGUGUGUGUUUGUGUGUGUGUAUGUGUGACAGAGAAAGGCAGGCAGGAGCUUGGUGAAGAUCCCUCCAACUGGCAGGACACCGUUGCUGGGGACAGUCAGAGGAUGACAGCUCAGGCGUUUACUCCAGCCCCGUAACAACUUUCAGCAUUACUUGCAAUUCUGGCCUCUUUUGUGUUUUGCUGUUGGAUGGAGGCCAGCAGUCAGAUGGCAAACCAAAUUCAGAGGCAAGGCAAAUGAAAAACUGGCAAUCCCAGCUAGGUUACAAGCUCAGCAAGGUGCACCGGAUGAAAGUAAAUCCAGUGUACCUUGUGAUGGUAGGGAAAGCUGAGGCCUUACCAGAAUUCGUUUUCUGAAGCACAUCCUGGAGUUCUCUGUGAUCAAUCGGAUCGUCUUUGCGUGCUUUCACCAUAAUUAUAAACCAGUUUCAAAGCUGUUAGGGCACCUGAAAUCUGACUAAGGAACCUUGAGGAGAAAUGAAGUUCAAGAAGAGAGUAGUGUCUGUAACAAAGGGUGCUCAGGCCCUUGGAUGUUGGCAGAGGAAGGGAGGAUCUGUGAGAAUGAAAAUGGAUUCCAAAUUAGUUCAGAAUUUUCAUUCACCUACUUUACAGAUUUGCUUCAGUCAUGGCUUCCCUGAGAAUCCUCAGAACUGAAGUUUGAAAAUGCUGAGAAUUCUCUGUUUGUGAGAAACCUUUCCUGGAUGACAGUUCCCAGGGUUCCCUGGAAAGAAGAAAUUACUAUUAUCCCUCUUGUUGUCAUGAGUUAUAGAGCGGUUAUAUGGGUUAGCAGCUGAGAGUCAGAAAUCUUGCUUUCUCUCUCUCUCUCGAGUCCUCCCCUUCCUUCUCUCAUUCCCUGUCCUUUUCCUCCUCUUUGAUUGCUCUUUUAUAUAUUAUUUUCUUCGUGUGUGCUCACGCUAUAUUCUUUGUGCUCUCCCUUGUUUCAGAUCUGCUUUGGGUAUCAGCUCAUAACAGGCAGUGGCUCAAGCAAGCCUCUUAUUUUUCUGUGAAAACGUGCAGACCGUUUUUAUCAUUUUCAUUAUUGAAGUCUGGGGGGAAUCAUAAUAUAUUUUUAUAAAUACUAUUCUUUUGUGAAAAAAUGUAAUAUAUAUAUUCAGAUUUGUUUGUAAUGGCUGUGAUGCAGCAAUGCUUUUGUAUGCAGGGACAAUAGCAGAACUUUUUCUUCCAUGGAGAAAAGUCAAACGUAUCCAGGGUUUUUAUGCCAUGUGAAAUGGUUCAACAAGCAGGCGCUGUUUUGCAGAGCUCUCCUAUGCACAUCAUCUUGUGUAAGGGUUUUUCAUACUUGUGCAUAGAGAAGGAUGUGCAUGCACACACACACACACACAUGUGUAUCAAUGUGCUCAACAGUUUCCCAUUCAAAUCCACGGGACUUUAAAAGAUGCUAUUGGAGGUCACUGAUUCAUAGCGUCACCAUUAGUCAUAAUCUACUUGAAGGCACAUAACAACAACAAAAUUAUGCCUGGAUUGUUCCCUAAGGAAAAAAAAGGUUUUUUGAGGAUUACAGCUUUGAUUCUUUAGAUUUUGUGAAAAAAAACCCUGAAUGUUUAUAGUUGGAAAAGAAAUUAGAUAUUUUAAAAAUGCAAAAGUGACAAUCCAAAAGAAAUCAGUUACACAAGGAACUUUUGGAGGUUGCAAUGCUUAUUCCCAUUCACAUGUCCCAGUGAAGCAAAUGGGUGUUAAUGCAUAUAACUUUGUGCUGAGCUGAAGCCUAAAGACUGUUACUAGGCACUUUAAAAAAACCACCCCAAACUGGAACGCAUCUCACCAGCUAAUUCACUUUCUUCUGAAGGAUGCUGAACCCAAAGCAGAAGCCGUUUGUUUCUAGCCAUUUGCUUUCACGUAUUUCUGAGCUUAAGUGUCUUGCAGUGCCUGCUCAGUUCACACAUAGCAAUAUCUCAGGGAAACCCUUCUAAGCAGAUGCUUCUUCUUUUUUGUCACUGUUCCUUGUUACUGUAAUAAAAUCCUGAUUCUGGCUAA